AUGUGUGCAUGUCCACGGUCGAGCAUGUGCAAGAAAAGACUAGUGCGGUUUAGAGUGGAAGCUCUGUCAGCAGUAAUUUACGGGGAUCGCUUGCAAGGAGUUUGUCACCCCCAAAGCAGUGUCAGGAAGCCAAUAGGAGUCCUCUGGGUCAUCUUCAGCUUUGCUGCUGCUUCCAGCGGAGCUUCUUUGACGGAUUUUCAGCAGUCUUUACUGUCACCCCACGCUAGUCGCCGCUCUCCGUCGUCACCAUAA